CGCUGUGGUCCAAUGGUCCUGUUAGUCCGGGACAAGAGUUAAAACACGUGCGUGCUGGGUGAAAGCAGAAAGCAACAAUCGGUUAUUGAUUAUCAGAGAUGACGAAGACGAGGAAGGAAAACGCGGAUCCAAAUGAUUCGGUCGCAUCGGCCGGUGGUUCCGAGAGGACCUACCAGGAGCUGGUCUCCCACCUGAACCCGAUCUCUCAGCCGCUGGCCUCCAGGAAGCUCAGCAAGAAGCUCUACAAGUGCGUGAAAAAGGCUGCUAAGGUGAAGAACAUCCGGAGGGGCGUGAAAGAAGUUCAGAAGUUCAUCAAGAAAGGAGAGAAAGGCAUCGUGGUCCUGGCGGGCGACACGCUGCCCAUCGACGUGUACUGUCACCUGCCCAUCAUGUGUGAGGACAGGAGCCUGCCGUACGCCUACGUGCCCUCUAAAACGGAUCUGGGCUCGUCCGCUGGCUCGAAGCGGCCAACCUGCGUGAUUCUGAUCAAGCGUCACGAGGACUACCAGGAUGCCUACGACGAGUGUUUGGAGGAAGUUUCUUCCCUGCCCAAACCGCUCUGAGCUGCAGCCAAUCAGAGAGCAGCUCUGAACGCCUCUGUCACCUCAGAGCCAGCAGGACGCUUGGGACUGUUUAUUGAUCUGAUAGAUUUGAGUUUGAUUGUUUCUGCCUGUUUUCCUGUUUAAAUUCUGACUUUUUUAAUUCUAUUAAACCUUUGAACAUAA